UGUCUGGACUUCCCUCUGUGUUGGAAAUAUGGCCAACUCUUGAUUCUGGCCUACAAAAAAUCCCCCCAAAACCAAAAUCGACAGCCAAUUUUUAGAUUCCUUUUUGUAACUUUGGACUUUUUAAUCACCUCCAGUUAAGUGUUUAAAUUGAAGCCGCAGCUCGCAGAUCAAACCUGAACUCAGUUAUUCUGAACAGAAGUUGUUUGAGAUUUAAAAAGCAUAUGUUCUUAUCAUUUCAUUAUUCAUCGACAUCAAGAGAACCUAAAUGUGAUGCAAGCAUACCGGCUGAACACGAGCCGACACUGUUUCAGCUUUUCGGGCAAAUUUGCGCAAGAGAAACAAACAAAAAUAAUAAUCAUUCAAAUCACUUCAGAGUCUUACUUUUCUUUUAAAGACAGUUAACACAUCUCUCCUCCUUUCUCAUUCUUGUCGAACCACUUUUGUGCAUUUGCACAUCAGAGACAAUGCACAGAGGCUCGCCCAGGGCAAGGACUGCCAGUCUGCAUGGCACCGUGUUGCCUAACAUCUACUAAGAGCUCCGCGUGAAAGUAGCUGAGAGUGGCGCACGUCUUUUCAUCCCACUGCCGAAUUGAACCUGCGCCCCGAAACCACCAAGGCGCAACUCUUCGCCUUGAUGGGUCGCUCUUUGACGUCGCGCCAACAGUCGUCCGCAGAGGGAACUUGGGAACCUUUCCACCUCUUUGUCUAAGCCGUCUGUCACGGGCUUUGUGAAUAUGGGACCCCUCUUCCUCUCCACCCGCGCGCGUGUGGCUCUCGCACUUGAGCGGUUGCGCCGCGCCACGCUGCUGAUGGAUCGUUCUCCUUCAGCGAUCCUCUCUGGGUAGAUAGAUGCGCGGUGCGGCUUUGGUACUUGUGGAAAGGGGAUCCGUGCGCGGGAGCGUGUUCGCGUCCGUCUGAAUAUGCACUUCUAGAACAAAGAGCUGAAGGUAGAAGAAGGAGAAGGAGAAGAAGAAGAAGAGGAGGGAGGCGGGAACGGGCUCGUGUCUGGCUCAAAUCGGGGCUUCUAAGCGGAGGGCUCAUCAGUGGCGGACUGUUCAGCAUUUUUUUGCUCUCCCUUUGAGGAUUUGAUGGAUAUCUGAUCAGUGGAUGUGAUGCCCAUAUAUAUCAUCGACCGAAAAUUUCCUGACAUAUCUGGUGAGUUGAUACAGCUGGCUGGUGAAAGAGGAGACCUGAGGAUGACAGAGACCAAUACUCCAAAAUCGGCAAAGAAGCCCCGUUGGACCUCUCUGGAAAUCAGCCUCAUCACUAUCGUCUCUCUGCUGUUCAUCGUCGUCGUUGCCCUCGUCAUCCUGUUCGCCACCCAGAAGACUGAUGAAAUCUGCACCACAGCUGACUGCACGCAGUCAGCGUCUCGCCUCAUUGAGAACAUGGAUGCUAGCGUGGAUCCCUGUGACAACUUCUAUCAAUAUGCCUGUGGAGGAUGGCUGAAAAAGAACAUCAUCCCAGAGACAAGCUCCAGAUACAGCACCUUCGACAUAUUACGGGACGACUUGGAGGUCAUCCUCAAAGGUGUCCUUGAAAAGACGGUGGACAGGGAGGCUGCUGCUCUCACCAAGGCAAAGACACUUUACAAGUCCUGCAUAAACGAGAGCUUCAUAGAGCUGAGAGGAGGACUUCCUUUGCUCGACAUGCUGCCAGACAUCUUUGAGUGGCCCAUGGCUGUGGACAACUGGGAGGCUGACUAUGGGAAAACCUGGAGGUUAGAGGAUGUCAUUGCCAGGUUAAAUUGGAAAUAUGCAACUCAACUUCUGGUUAACUUUUUCGUUGGCACCGAUGACAGAGACUCCACUUCAUACAUCAUUCAUUUUGACCAGCAAACAACCCUUGGCCUCUUGUCCAGAGAUUACUAUGUCUGCGAGGGUCCCUAUGCAGAGGCAUGUCGAGCUUACGAGCAGUUCAUGUUUGACCUGGCGAAGCUGAUUCGCUCUGACCGGGGACUGGAGAUCAACGAAACCCACAUAAGAGAAGAGGUGACACGAGUUGUGGACUUGGAGAGGGACAUCGCCAAUGCCACCGACACACCAGAAGAUCGGAACAACCCAGUGUUGCUUUACAACAAGAUGGAACUGGCGGAGAUGAACAGAAACUUCACUCUUGAAAUUGACUCUCAGAUAUUCAACUGGAGUUACUUCACGGCUAAGAUAAUGGACACUGUGAACAUCAGCGUUCCUGAAUCAGAGAAAAUCAUCAACUACUCCCCAAACUAUUACAGAAGACUCAACUUUGUAUUAGCCAAAUACACUAAGAGAGAUCUGCAAAACUACAUGGUUUGGCGGUUUGCUAUGACCAUGGUAGUAGGACUGAGCCGAGCUUACAGAGACACCAGGAAAGCUUUCCGCAAGGCUCUGUCUGGUACAACAUCAGAGGUGGCCGUGUGGCGACAGUGUGCGCUGUAUGUCAACAACAACCUGGACAAAGCUGUGGGACGGCUCUAUGUGCAGGAGGCUUUCUCUGAGAAGAGCAAAGAGCUGAUGAAGGAGAUGAUUAAAGACAUUCGGGAAGUUUUCAUUAGUAACCUUGAUGACCUUUCCUGGAUGGAUGAAGAGACCAAAAAAGCAGCUGAAGAGAAGGCCCAAGCUAUCCGUGAACGCAUUGGUUAUUCUGAAGACAUCAUGAAUGACGAAUAUCUAAACAAUGAGUACAAAGAUCUGAGCUACAGUGGAGAGGAAUACUUUGAAAACAUCCUACAGAACCUGGAGUAUGUGCAGAAGAAACGCCUGCGGAGACUUCGAGUCAAAGUCAACAAGGAGGAAUGGGUAACUGGAGCUGCUGUUGUCAACGCCUUUUACUCGGCCAGUAAAAACCAAAUAGUGUUUCCUGCUGGUAUCCUUCAACCCCCUUUCUUUAGCAAAGGCCAGCCUAAAUCUCUCAACUACGGUGGAAUUGGCAUGGUAAUCGGUCAUGAGAUUACACAUGGCUUUGAUGACAAUGGUCGUAACUAUGACAAGGACGGUGAUCUGAAGGACUGGUGGACUCCUGAAUCUAUUCACAGAUUCCUGGAACUCUCAAAGUGCAUCGUUGACCAGUACAGCAACUUUUCCUGGGACCUGGCUAAUGGUCUACAUUUGAAUGGCAACAACACCCUCGGUGAGAACAUAGCUGACAAUGGAGGGAUUCGACAGGCAUACCAGGCAUACAAGAACUUUGUGAAGCAGCAUGGAGAGGAGCCCCCACUGCCUGGGAUUGACCUUUCACAUGAUCAACUCUUCUUUCUUAAUUUUGCUCAGAUUUGGUGUGGAUCCCAUCGACCAGAGCAAGCCGUUAAUUCCAUUAAAGUAGACGUGCACAGUCCAGGGAUGUUCAGAGUACUUGGCUCCCUUCAGAAUUUUCCAGAGUUUGCCAAAGCAUUCAACUGCAAGAAAAGCAGCAACAUGGUCUCUGACAAUGUUUGUCGUGUUUGGUGACCUAACGACCUCUGAGAUGGGCAGUUUUGUUCUGCGUUUCUGCCGGUACGAUACCUCUCCCGUAUAACUGCUGGAGCUCUCAUGGAGGCCUACAGGGAGAUGGAAGCUUCUCUUUGUUCUUUACUGGAUGGACCACAGCUGGUGAACAGGCAGCGCAGCAUCCAAGAUGGCAGCAGACAAUAACCCUCGUGGGCAGAAGCACUGUCUCCUCAAACUUUAAUACUGUUGUUCAAUAAAUCAACUCUGUCAAUCUUCUGUUCACUGGAUACAAACGCUCCUUCUGUUUUGUUGUUUUUUUAAAGUUUUAUUCUGUUUUGUUCCUUUCACAUUUGCUUAUCCUCUGAGCCUGCCAGUGUUUGUUUUUGGGUGAAUGUGUGAGUGUGUUUCAGUCAAAAUGCUUUACAAGUAGUAGGCAACAGAGUGGCGAACAGAAAAAUGUUUUCAACCCACUCGCGCAUUAAUACACCGCCUACCCACUCUCAUACAUGCAACAGGGCCGAACCACUGUAUUGUAUGUGGGACUCAGCUGGAACUCUCAUAAACCUCGGCUGUUUUCAGCCUCUGUCUUGUCUGCAGAUUUUCUCUACAGUUUUUCCAUCAUAGGAAAACUGUAGUUUAAUUUACUUUAGUUUAAGUAAAUUAUCACACAGUCAGAUUUUAUUUUUGUCUAAUGUAAAAAUAUUUAAUCAUGAUACCCUAUUACAAAGUUAUGUAAUACACAGUAAGUUCAUGGCUGUUGACCAGGGUCUUUUGUUUUAUAUUAGAAUAAUUAACCAAAACUGCAUAUUUUUUUUCUUUCUCUUUGACAACUGAGAUGACAAUCUACUUGCUCCAGACCUUUUUUCAUAAAUUGUACUGAGCCGCCAUUGUUUUUGUGUGAAUGUUUAUGCUUUGUACCCAUGUCAAUUAUCACUGCCUGCUGUUGGCCUUAUGAUUGUUACCACAAGUGUGCAUUUAUGAAAAAGAAAGAAUCUGAAUAUAUAUUAAAGUAUAGUUUAACUUUUUA